AUGUGUGGACGGGCGCCAUUGGCCAGCAAAGUGAGCCUCGAGGACUAUACUGAAGACAUUCAAAGGUCCAGUGUCGUGAAUGCCAAAUUCAUGACUUCCAAAGGGUACGGUCCCCAAGGAGCAAAGCCGCUCGAGAUGAGAGCCCAGCCCCAUGACUAUCAGCUCCAAGGCUUGCAAUGGUUGAGCCUACCCAAUCCUGCAGGAAAAAUCCUCGCCAACGACACGGGUCUCGGCAAAACCCUCCAAGCUCUCGCCACUGCUGCCGCACUUCCAAACAGACCCAACGGCGCUCGCCAGGUGCUGGUAGUUGUCCCUUGCCAAGUGCUCCAGAAUCGGUUCAACGAAACGAACAAGGCCGGCCUUCCCCCUCUCAACCGUCCGCCUCCUGGUCCCCCUGCGCCGCCCAGCGUAGGCUCGGGUGAGGCUACCAGCAGCUCCAACAGCGACAACGACGAGGGCUCGGGGGACGAGCACGUUUCGGGCGGGUCUUCUGCCCGUACGCCCUCCGGCUCGCCCCUGCCUCCCUCGUGCGGCGACUCGCCCAAUGGGCAUGGCCCUCCCCCUCCUCCUUCGGAGGAUGAAGAUGAAGAGAUGGAGGAUGCAGCGGCUGCUACAUGGGCAGGAGGGCAUGAAACCAACUGA